AUGAGAACUACUCGAAUUGCUCAAACUAAGCAAUAAGGUAAUUAAAAUAAAUUGACUUCAAUCAAAAACACUCUAAAGUUUCAAUUCGAAGAUGAAAAUGAUAAAAAUAAUGAUCGUACAACAAGUCCUUCAAUAACUAUUAAAGAUUUAUGUUAAGAAGAUAAAGCUAAAAUAGGAGAUCUAAUUAAAAGAUUAGCAUAAGAAUAAGAAGAAAAUAAAAAGCUUUAAGACUAAAUCAAAUAAAAAGAAGUAGAAUGUAAAAAAUAAGUAACUAAAUACAAAUAACUUUCUGAAUCUGCAAAAAAAGAGUAGAAAUAAACAGAAGACAAAUUCAAAGAAUCAUUGGGAGUGAUUAAGAAAUUACAAUAAUAAGAAUAACUAAUUUAAGAGUAAAUGCUUUUAACAAGAGUAAAUAAAUUUGAUUCAUUCACUCAAUAUGAUAUAGAAAAUAAAGAAAACAAUUCUAAAGUUUCUUAACCUCCUCCAUUACCUCCUCCCAAAUAAUAAAAAAGCGAGAUUUUAUAAUUAAAGGCAGAGAUAGAAGAAUUUACAAACAGUUUGAAAUAGUUAUAGUUUGAAUCAAACAGUUAAGAAAGAUAAGAAAUCUCUCCAUUAAGAAAAGUACUGAGACCAGAAACUAAAUAAGAAAAAUAAACAGUGAUUCCAAGACAUUAUACACCUGUAAAUGUGCCCAAAAAUUAAUAAAAAAAGCAUAUUGAAGUCUAAACUAUUUAUCAAGGAAAUAUUAUAAAUACUCAUCAAAAUUCAGCAGAUAAACAAAUUUAAACAGAAACAGAAAGUCUUGCAAUGAAUUCUCAUUCAUCUAAUUUUUAUAAAAAAGAAUCAGAUUAAAUUAAACCUUAAGAAACUAUUAAAACACCAGCAACCUAGAUAAGCAAUUAAACAACCAUUAGAUUCUGUGAAGAAUUUAAAGCUUUAGAGAAUAAACUUAAAUAAAAUUAGAACCAAUAUUAUAAUUGUAAUCAAGAUAUUUCGAUAUAAUCUGAUAGUUUUCAAUAAAACUAAAAAUUUCAAAAUGAAUCAUCAGAUGAUGAAGAAGAAUAUACUAUUGCUUAAGAGUUACUAAAACGUAAAAAUCAAAGAAUAUCAUAACAAUAUUAAAAAAGAUCAUCAGGUUUAUAAUAAUAAUAAUAAUAAUAAUAAUUAUAAUAAUAAUAAUAAUAAUAAUAAUAAUAAUAAUAAUAAUAAUAAUAAUAAUAGAUUUCUGAAGUUAGUAUGCAAAAAUAAUAAUAAUUUCAUUAAAAUAAUAGUUAUUAUUAAUAAUAAAUAUAGAAUCCUUAUAAUCAAUAAUAACAAUAAGCUUCAUCAGUUUAAUAUUAGAAUUUAGUGUAAUCAAAUUAUUUUAAAACAAAUACUUUAAGUUUUAAUUUAACUAAUCAAGAAUAUACACCAUAAUAAUCAGUUCAAAAAUCUGCUGAAUAAUUUGGAUCGAGUGUUAUGCAGACACCUCAAUAGAGAGAGAUGAUUUCUCAAUAGUUAUAAUUUUCUUAGUAAGAAGAAGAAAUAGAUUCUGUCAUAACUAGUUUAAAUGGAAGAUCUUUCAAUAAACCUAAUGUCUUAUAAUAAGAACAAUAUCCAAUGAUUGAGCAAUAGUAAGAGUCUUAUUCUUCAGAGUCUUCAAUACCUAGAGAAGAGUAUUAGAAAUUAAUUGAUAAGUAUAUGAAGGAUAAUUAAGAUUCAGAAGAUGAUUGA